UUUAACCUAACGAUUCAUUAUAUUCUAAGUAGCUUGAACGUAAUCCCAGAUACGUUAUUACGACUAUUAGUAAAGCCGGAGUACCGUAUAGUGGCGGAAAAGAGCGUCGAAGACCCGGCGCUAGGGACGUUCUGGACCGUUCCGGACCACGAUACGCUAGACUGCCUGUAUAUGAUUAGCUAUAAGGCAUCGAAGAAAACGCUAUUACUAGCAGGUACGACGCGUUACAAAGCAAAAGACUAG